GAUGCUGACAAGAAUGAUAAAUCUGUGAAGGAUCUCGUUCUCUUGCUCUUUGAGACUGCUCUUCUAACUUCUGGCUUCAGCCUUGAUGAUCCCAACACAUUCGGUAACAGAAUUCACAGGAUGCUGAAGCUUGGACUCAGCAUUGAUGAGGAUGCCGGUGAAGCAGAUGCCGACAUGCCACCUCUAGAAGAUGCUGAUGCUGAUGCUGAGGGCAGCAAGAUGGAGGAAGUUGAUUAAGUCUAACUCUAUUGUCUCUUACCAUUAUGAUUCCAGAACAAUCUUUUUUAUAUUUAGUGUUUGUUUUUAAAUUUUGUAAUAUUUGAACUUUUGUUAAGUGGGUGUCAUGUUAAAAUUUUUGUGAGUUUUUUAAUAUUUUAAAUAUUUGAUGGUUAGUAUGAAAAUUUGUAGUUAGUUUUAGUAAUCCUUUUAACUAGUAAAUGUGUGCCUUACUAGUUACUUUUAGUUUUUAUGCCACAAAAAAUUGAAUUAAUAAAAUUAAAAAAUAUUUUUAAAUGUAAAGUAAUAUAUUUUUAA